GCUCACGCAGGCAGGCAGGGGAAGGGGCGUCCUCGGGGAGAUCUGCCGGAAACCAUGUUCAUCAGUCGGACAUAAACGGCAUGUCUUCUGCAGCUCCGGUCAGAUGAUCCGACGACUUGCGUGCGUUUUGGUAUCCUCCAAAGGACACAGGAGAGGACGCGGGCGUCGCGCCGCGCAGGGGAAACGCAAGCCGACAUCGCCAGCCGCUGCGCCGCGCGAGGCGAGGUCAUCCCCCUGUUCCCCGGUUCUUAUGAUCCCCUGUGCCGUGAUCCCAAUCUGAAGCUGUGGCACACCUCCAACCGACCUCAGUCACCGCCACCAGCCUCAGUCAUCUAUACUCUUACCGAUCCCUCAGAGAGGAUGUGACUGGGAGAAUGGCCAAGGGGAGAAAACCCAUAUAAAUCCGACCGAGAGAGGAAGUGGUAUCACACAGAUGCUAUGGACUGAGGGGUCAACUGAUACCAGAUCACCGCGGCUUUCCUUGGAAAUUGACAAUGGUGUUGUUUCUGAUUGGGAUCUCUACUGCCGUGAAUAAUUCAUCUCAUGAGAACCAAACUGCAGAAAACCCCACCCAUCAGGGUGCUCAUGUGCUCCCGUCAACACUGGUCAUAUCGCUGCUUCUCGUCAUCGUUGUCCUGCUGACGAUCUACUGUCUGAGGUUCAAAAACCACAGGAAAGCUCUCGUUACCUCGGUGGAUAAAAAGAUUCCGAAUGGCUUCUUGGAGGAACAAGGAGAGCAGACAGUGGUCCUUCUCCCCAGAUCUCCCUCACCAUCCAAGAGGUACUUCCCCAUCCCACUGGACUCUCUGGAGGAGGAGUACCGGAUACGCUCUGCAGACGAUGGCAAACUCUUCAGAGAAGAGUUCAACUCGCUGCCGUGUUACUACCGCCACGGGUCCUUUGAGGAGGCGAGCCGAGAGCACAACAGAGAGAAAAACAGAUACCCAAACAUUUUACCAUAUGAUCAUUCCAGAGUGGUGCUGAGUCACCUCGAUGGGCAUCUGUGUUCCGACUACAUAAAUGCCUCUUACAUAGAUGGCUAUAAAGAGAAGAACAAGUUUAUUGCAGCUCAAGGCCCCAAACCUGAGACAGUGGCGGACUUCUGGCAGAUGAUUUGGGAACAGAAAACAGCAACUAUAGUAAUGCUGACGAAUCUUAAAGAAAGAAAGGAGGAGAAAUGUUAUCAGUAUUGGCCGGAAAAAGGCUGCUGGAUGUACGGCAACGUCAGGGUGGCGAUGGAGGACGCCACGGUGCUGGUGGACUACACGAUCAGAAAAUUCUGCAUUCAGUAUCAGGGCAGCGACGGUCCCCGAGCCCCCCGACUGGUCACUCAACUCCACUUCACCAGCUGGCCAGACUUCGGGGUGCCGUUCACACCCAUAGGCAUGCUGAAAUUCCUCAAGAAGGUCAAGACGGUCAAUCCAUCCUACGCUGGACCCAUUGUCGUGCACUGCAGUGCCGGGGUGGGGAGGACUGGGACAUUCAUUGUCAUUGACAGCAUGAUCGACAUGAUGCACAUGGACCAGAGGGUGGAUGUCUUCGGCUUUGUGAGCAGAAUACGAGAGCAGCGCUGUCAACUCAUCCAGACAGAUAUGCAGUACUCCUUCAUCUACCAGGCUCUGUUGGAGUACUACCUGUAUGGAGACACAGAGCUCGAUGUGUGCUCUCUGGAGGGCCAUCUGCAGAGGCUUCACAACACCAGGGCGCCCCACGACAGGCUGGGCCUGGAGGAGGAGUUCAGGAAACUGACCAACGUUCGCAUAAUGAAGGAGAACAUGAGAACGGGGAACCUUCCUGCCAACAUGAAGAAGAACCGCGUGCUUCAAAUCAUUCCGUAUGAUUUCAACCGAGUAAUACUCUCAGUGAAAAGAGGACAGGAGUUCACUGACUACAUCAAUGCCUCCUUUAUUGAUGGCUACAGGCAGAAGGACUAUUUUAUCGCAACCCAGGGCCCCCUGUCUCACACAGUGGAGGACUUCUGGAGGAUGGUGUGGGAGUGGAGGUGCCAUUCAAUCGUUACGCUCACCGAACUCAAAGAGAGGGAGCAGGAAAAGUGUUUCCAGUAUUGGCCAUCAGAGGGCAGUGCAACAUUUGGAGAUUAUACCGUGGAGCUGACUGGCGAUACACUGUGUGAAACCUUCACUCUCAAAGACAUGGUGCUCACCUACAGACCAGAAAAGCAGUCACAACAUGUCCGACACUUCCACUUCCACGGAUGGCCCGAGAUUGGAAUACCGGCUGAGGGAAGAGGAAUGAUUGACAUUAUUGCUGCCGUGCAGAGGCAGCAGCAGCAGUCUGGAAACCGUCCCAUAAUUGUGCACUGCAGUGCUGGUGCGGGUCGGACCGGCACCUUCAUUGCCCUCAGUACCAUUCUGGAAAGGGUGAAAGCUGAAGGCCUCCUGGAUGUUUUUCAGACAGUCAAGAGUUUACGCAUGCAGAGACCACACAUGGUUCAGACUGUGGAGCAAUACGACUUCUGCUACAGAGUGGUUCAGGAUUUUGUUGACAUUUACUCAGACUACGCCAAUUUUAAAUAACAGCCAUCAGAUACCGUUUCUGUAUAAUUUGUUAUAAUUAACUUAUGCAAUUUUCUUCUGAAUGUUUUUUUCUAAAGCGGGCUUUUUUUUUACAUUUUUGCACAGGUGUAGAAAUUGUUGUAACAUAAUGUAACAUAAUUAAAAAACAUCUGUGCUUCAGAAGUCUCUUGCAGGAAUGUUUGAUCGUCAAGUAUCAUAUUAUAAAAAAUAAAAAUUAAUUGUUUUAUGUUGCAUAAAAGGCAACAUUGCUAGGGUCAGUAAAGUGGAAAUAAAGAGGAAAUAUUCAAUAUUUAAUUGUGUUCC